GACCUGAGGGAGUUCGGCGCCUUUGUCGUCGUGAAGUCUGCCAGCGGCGCGGAGGCGACGGGCCUCGUCCACAGGACGCAGAUCAAGGAGGGGCCGGUCAUGGCCGUCUCCGACGAGUUGUCCGCGGGCCAGGAGGUUCGCGUGCGCGUGCUGGGCGCGGACGAAAGCAGCGGCAGAUUGAGCCUCUCCAUGAAGGAGCCUGUGGACACCACGUCCAAGAAGCACGACGUGGAGGCAUUCUCCGCCCUGGAGGGCGUAGGCAAGGACACGUGGCUGCCCGGGAGGGUGGCGGACGUCAAGGCCUUCGGCGUCUUCGUGGACGUCAGCGCACCCGACGGAGGCGCCUCGGCGCGGGGCCUGGUGCACCGGAGCCAGCUCCCCCGCGGCGCCGCGGCCGUGGAGCUGGCCGCGGAGGACGAG